AUGGAAUAUAGCCCGGUGGUUGUAGAACAGAAAAUUCUAUGUUGCCAAUGUGGAACUGCAAUUACUCCCAACCCCUCUAAUAUGUGCAUAAAUUGCAUUCGCAAUGAGGUAGAUAUCUCGGAAGGGAUCCCCAAACAAGCUACCUUACAUUUUUGCCGAAACUGCGAGCGAUAUCUUCAGCCGCCAACUAUAUGGAUAAAUGCGCUGUUAGAGAGUAGGGAAUUACUGGGUUUAUGCUUAAAAAAGCUAAAGGGUCUGAACAAGGUCCGGCUAAUUGACGCAGGUUUUAUAUGGACUGAACCACAUUCUAGGCGGAUAAAAGUUAAGCUUACAAUUCAAAAGGAGGUUUUCGCAUCAACAAUUCUGCAACAAGUUUUUGAGGUAGAAUAUAUUGUUAGUUAUCAGCAAUGUAAUGAUUGUGCGCGUGUAAUGGCUCAAAAUACUUGGCAAGCUUUAGUUCAAGUCAGGCAAAAAGUCAAUCAUAAGAGAACAUUUCUAUAUUUAGAACAAUUAAUCUUGAAACAUAAUGCACAUAAGGAUACAAUUAAUAUUAAAGAAGUAAAAGAUGGUAUUGAUUUCUUUUAUGCACAAAAGUCACAUGCAUUAAAAAUGGUGGAAUUUCUGACUAAUAUUACUCCUUCAAGGUCAAAAACAUCAGAACAGCUUAUCUCUACUGAUAUUCACAGCAAUACCUCCAAUUAUAAGUUUACUUUCUCCGUUGAGAUUGUUCCUAUAUGCAAGGAUGAUUUAGUUUGUCUCCCGUUGAAAGUUGCUCGAUCAUUGGGAAAUAUUAGUCCAUUGGUGAUAUGCUAUCGUAUUGGCAAUUCUAUUCAUGUAAUGGACCCUAACACAUUGGCAGUUUCUGAGGUGCAAACUGCAUUAUUUUGGAGGAUGCCAUUUACUUCUUUGGCAACAUCUAAAGACCUAGUAGAGUAUUAUGUAUUGGAUGUGGAACCUUUAGGCCCAGUCCGUGAUAAGUUUGUUCUUGCAGACAUACAAGUAGCUCGUUCUACAGAUUUUGGCAAAAAUAAUGUUACUAGCUUCGCUCGCUCACAUCUUGGUGGUAUUCUUAACCCCGGCGAUACUGUCCUGGGAUAUGAUCUUUCUUCUUCUAAUUUUAAUGAUAAGGUAUAUGAUGCGUUAAAUCGAGACCAGCUACCUGAUGUAAUACUAGUGAAGAAAUCGUAUCCAAAUAGACGGAAGAAAAAAAAGUCCAGAAAUUGGAAAUUGAAGUCAUUAAAUAAAGAAGAGGAUGAAAUGAAACAAAAGAAGAAUGAUGCCGAAAAAAUUGAACAAGAUUACGAGAUGUUUUUGCGGGAUCUUGAAGAAGAUCCUGAAUUCAGACAAUCAGUAAAUCUUUAUAAAAUGCCAAAUUCUAAGGAAAAUAACGAAAUGGAUGUGGACGGAAAAGAAAUAUCACAAGGGGAUAAGACUUAA